AUGAUUGAAGCAAAGAACAGUCAAACUGAGGGUCACCUGAAAGGAAAGACGAUAAUUUUAACAGGUGCUAACUCGGGCAUCGGUAAAGAGACCACUCGCGAGCUUUACAGACAUGGAGCUCGAGUCAUUAUGGCCUGUCGUAAUGAAGAUGAAACGCAGAAGGUUAUCGAUAAUUUUAAAAGUCUCUAUCCGCAGUCCAAUGGGGAGCUUCUUUUCCGUCGUCUUGACUUGACGUCAUUUGCAUCCGUCAAGGAGUUUGUCAAUCAGAUCACUCGGGAAGAGAAACAGGUGCACAUGCUGAUUAACAAUGCAGCAGUCUUUGCUGCUCCCAUCGAAGCUACAUCAGAUGGGUUUGAACUGAACGUACAAGUAAACCACCUGUCACCGGCUCUGUUGACAUUUCUUUUGCUGCCCAAGUUGCAAGAAAGCAACAGCAGCCAGAGUGUUUCCAAUAAAGUUAUCAUGGUGUCAUCGUCGCUUUACAAGUACGGCAAAAUUGAUGAGGAAUUGCUAAAGAAAGUCGACUCGGCCAAGAUAACUCAGCUUUGUAAUGAAAAUCGACCAGAUAAAGAAGUGUACUCCUCCACCAAAUUGGUCAAUCUUCUUUUUACGCGUAAAUUGUCGGAGAAUCACAGUCUUCUGAAGAACGUGGAGGUUUGCCUUCUUUGCCCCGGAUUUACCUACACCCGAUUGCAUCGUUACUCACCUACCAAUGCACAGAUAAAUGGGCACGAAUACGAGUGGAAAAAACAGCUUGUCAGUGUGAGAGAGAAUGUACGCCUUGAAGAUGAGCUUUCGAAAGUAACUUCGACGCGAAAGAUUGAACAUGUGACGAAAGUAUGCAUUGUCACUGUAGGUGAACAUCCGUAUUACUGA